CGCUGACUCCCAUGGGCCAUUUUCGCUGGUCUCGGCGGGUCCUCGCUGCCCGACACCGUCUUGUAAUGGCGGACUCGGCGGAUUCUCGCCGCUAGGAACAGUGACAGCCUCGCAGCGAGUUUUCGCUGUCUGUCGCCCUUUCGCCUUGUUCGGCGGUUUCCCGCUGCCCCGUCACCUCGAUACACCGUCCACGACUUCUCGCUGCCCUCCUCCCGUUUCACCCUGUUCGGCGGACUCCCGCUGUCCCGUCACCUCGAUACACCGUCCAUGACUUCUCGCUGCCCUCCUCCCGUUUCACCCUGCUCGGCGGACUCCCGCCGUCUCUGCCCAUCUGCGCGCUGUCUGCGAUUUGUCGCCGCCCCCUCCCUCCCCUUUUGACACGUCAACGGAUUCCCGCCGUCUCUGCCCGUUUGUGCGCUGUCUGCGAUUUGUCGCCGCUCCCUCCCCUCUUGACACGUCAGCGGAUUCCCGCCGUCUCUGCCCAUCUGCGCGCCGUCUGCGACCCUCUGAAUUUGCCGCAGUCGCCAAACUUUCACUGCCCUCCUCUGAUUUCGACGCACCCAGCGAAUCUUUGCUGCCCCUGGUGGUUUUGCGAAUCUUCGCUGCCCUCCCCCACACUGGACACUGCGAUGAGACUCUUUUUUGGUGUCCUCAGACCAUCCUCUCUGUACUGUUACUUUCGCAUGCAAACUCAGGACGGUUGGACGUUUACAAGUAGGAUUGGGAAGGAUAAUUGGGCUUAGGAGUGAUGAAAUGAUGACUCCUUGUCAGACUCAGAUGAGGACGGAUGAUGAGGUUGCUAAUCACUGUCCUACAUUGUAGCUGCCAAGAUACAAGAAUACAUACAGUAUCACUCUCUGACCUUGGUCGCAUUAUGAGCGACGAUUGCUGCCACCACUGCAUCCACAAUUUGAAUCCGCGGCAAAUCAAAGUUGAUACCCCGAACAAUGUGUAUCAUAUCUGCGAAGCAUACCUCGCUCAAACUCGGCAACGGAGUUUCGGGAUGCAACAGCUUCCGACCAAUGCGGCUCCACCACAACUUCCGCCACUCCGAGAUGCAUUUGGAGUGCUUUGCGCACUUCCAAUCUAGGUCCGCUACCAUUGGGGGCUCGACGUUUGCGACUCGACGACGUUCCACCUCCACCAUAAGAAAACCGCGUGCAAUGAUGGAGUAGGUCUUCAUGCCCAUACGCUGGGCAUCAAGAUCGUCAUUAACAGAGUACGCUCGUGCAAGUUCAAUACGACGGGAAGGAGGCAUGCGGUGGUUGGUGAGCUCUGAGUGCUUCGAGCAUUGUCUCCUUGUGGUCAGGAUCGUGGAUGACGUUAGCAUUCCAGUCUCUGAUUUCAAGUAUCCAUGCCAGGAAAUGGUUUCCUUCGACAGCAGUGAUGCCUGGGAUAAAGAGUGGGAACUCCAGGGUCCCUUCAUGGCUUUCUGUCGAGCGGGGAAUGUGCAGAAUGUCUUCCAUGUUCGGGGACAGUGUCGUCAAUUGGCUGAGGUGGAUUUUGUAGAGAACAUUUUGGAACUGUACAGACAGAACCGUCGGCAAACCAGUAACGGGAAUUCUUCACCCAGGUAUGAGCCUCAGGGUGGUCUUGAGAGGCAGGAAGUCCAGCCGGGAGGUAGAUGGGGGCAUCCAUAGCUUUUUUGCCAAAGAAAGUGUCUUCUCACACCACAAUGACUCAUGCACUCCCGCUGUUCCUGCCACCACCGGAUGGUCAUGUCUGGUCGACAAAUGCUGUUGAGGCUGCCCAACAACUUUCAUUGGGAUAUGAACACGCGCUUGCUGUCCUCAAUCGAGAGACUGAUAUCAACCAGGUCCGCUAUCAUCUAAAGCAUGUCGCAUCCAACUUGGUGCCCAUUCUCAAAGCCUUUGAGCACCACGCGGUAGAGGAGGGGAUACCCAUGGAUUGGAUAUGCUCAGCAGCUCAAGCAGUAGGAAAGUUGAUGAAGGCUCUUUGUGUCGUGUGUGACCAAAUGGCACAAGAGGAUCAUGUACAGGUUCUCCAUGCUGUACCUGUUGAGACUGUGUAUACGGGAGGGCGUGGUCGACCUCGGAAGAUCAUCAACGCGGCCUUACUCCAUGAAGCCAUGUCUAACCAGCGGAAGAUCAGCAUCUCCAAGCUUGCACGAACUCUCAGAGUCAGCCGUCCCACACUCCUCAAGCAACUCCGCGAUCUCGGGAUCAGCUACAAAUUCUCGGAGCUCAGCAGGGACCAACUGGAUGAGCUUGUUCGUCAUUUCAAGUCUGCCAAACCCGACUCGGGUGUGCGAUAUCUGGAUGGCCAUCUCCGCCAGCGUGGUCUUCGGAUUCAAAAGCAUCGUGUUCGCUCUGCAGUACAUCGGGUGGACGGAUUUGGCCGGUUGCUUCGUGCACGGCGUAUUGUGAAGCGCCAGGAGUACCGCGUCUCCCGGCCACAUGCAUUGUGGCAUGUGGACGGUCACCACAAGCUCAUCCUAUGGGGUAUUGUGAUCCAUGGCUUUGUAGAUGGGUAUUCUCGAACGGUGACGGCGCUGCGUGCAAGCACUAAUAACCAAGCAUCUACUGUCCUUCGUGUCCUGCUCGAUGCAGUAGGCAAGUACGGCAUCUUGCCAUCUAGGAUUCGUGGAGACCGUGGUGGCGAGAACAAGAAGGUGUCUGUCUACAUGAUAUUGAAAAGAGGACUUGGACGCGCUUCGUUCAUGUGGGGGUCAUCAACUCAUAACACACGAAUUGAACGUCUUUGGGUUGAAGUUGGUUCGCAGUUUGUGAGACGCUGGCGAGCUUUCUUCUAUCGCUUGGAGGCUCUACAUAGCCUAGACCGCAAGGACAAGCGUCAUCUUUGGCUCCUCCAUCAUCUUUUCCUUGACCAGAUCAAUGCUGAUUGCGAAAAUUUCUGUCAGGAGUGGAAUUGCCAUCCCAUCUCUGGUGAAGGUCAUGAUCAAACUCCAAAUGAUCUGUGCUUACUUGGCCAGCUCGAACACGGCUUCUAUGAUCCUAAUGAGUAUGCUCAUGUUCAUCCUUCGGUACUUGAGCGACAUUACGGAGUGGUCGGCAAUCCUUUCAAUCGGGAGAAUGGACAGACUGGUGCGGGCCAAUUAGGCGAUGAGGAUGUGCCUUCGCCCGACCCUGGUGACUGCGGUAGUGCAUCAAGUGCAGAGUCGGAGUGUGGGUCAAUAUUCGGGAGUGACGAUGGAGAACUGCGCCGUCAAAUUGAGACCGCUCACGAGAAGAAUUUCCAUCACGAUCCAGUCUCUGUCCCAAAACACGCAGCUCCGUUCGAUGACGACAAGACCAUGGAAUUGUUCUUCACCGCCCUUGCUGCCGCUGAAGAUCGCAGUCUUGUUCCUGCAGGUUUUGGUUUAUAUCCUGAGGAGUGGGUGGGAGGAGAGUAUCCGACACAUGAGAUCUUGAAGUCUGGUAGGCAUGGUGGCAAGCGCCUUCAGGUAGCCCUCCCUGUUUCGAUCUGGAAGCCACGCGCAGAGAUAUGGGCCCGCGGACUUGCCAUUCUCAACGAGAUCACGUACAUGUUUGAGUAGUUGCUUCCAUUGACAAUUCUGUUCCUAUCCCGCUAUAACAUCUUCUGCUACGUGUUCUUCUGUGUUUCUGACAGCUAUAAAACUCCUUCGAUUCAAUUAACCAAAAAAUUGCUCUAAUCCAUCCACCAUGUCCACCGCAAACCAAGUCAUUGGAGAAUGCAUGGCACACGACCAUGCCACCAAUGCUGAGUGCUCCUGUACCAGCUACUUCGAGUCCACUAGCAAUCCGGGUCGUUGCAGCAUCUGCCAUCAUCGUCGCUCCCACCAUCUCCUCUUUGACACAUCUGAUGAGUCUGGCGGCACCAGUUCUCAAGUCCAGUCGAUUCUUGACAGCAUUGCUGGGGAGAGCACGUUGGCCUCUGUGUCAGGAAGGCAUAGCUGGGGUCUUGAAGCAGCUCAUCAAGAGUCUAACCAAGGUCUUCGUCCCAAACAGACCAGUGGCAAGAAGGGCAAGGUCGGAGGCUUAAAGUCGAAGAAGACCGUAUGUACACAGUGAUCUCUAGCGCUCCCGUUACUGAACAAGGACAAUAGAAAAAAGGUGGCAGUGACGAGCGACAGUAUGUCCGCGUUGUGUCUCUUCAAGUC